CAGGAGGCAUCACUUUCUCAGCAGCCUCUCUCUAGGCACUUACCUCAUCAACACUAAAAUGGCAUUUAAAACAAAGUCCAGAGGAACAAUAAAGGAUUUCCCUGGAUUUAAGGCAAAUGAUGAUGCCGAAGCUCUUCGCAAGGCAAUGAAGGGAUUAGGUACUGAUGAAGAAGCCAUCAUUAAGAUACUUAUAUCUAGAAGCAAUGCUCAACGUCAGGAAAUUGAUGUUGCCUACAAAACCUUGUUCGGCAGGGAUCUUGUUGAUGAUCUGAAAUCAGAGAUAUCUGGUAAAUUUGAAAAUCUGAUUGUGGCUCUGAUGACUCCAUCUGCUUUGUAUGACGCCUAUGAACUCAGACAUGCAAUGAAGGGAGCAGGCACCACUGAGAAUGUGCUGACAGAAAUCCUUGCUUCUCGUACUACAGACGAAGUGAGGCACAUCAAACAGGUUUACCAGCAAGAAUAUGGAACUGAAUUGGAGGACAGCAUCACUGGAGAUACAUCUGGAUACUUCCAGAGGAUGUUGGUUGUCCUUGUACAGGGCAACAGGGAUCCUGAUUCUAAAGUGAAUGAUUCUCUGGUGGAACAAGAUGCACAGGAUUUGUUCAAAGCUGGAGAAGUGAAGUGGGGCACAGAUGAAGAAAAGUUUAUUACUAUUUUGGGAACCCGCAGCAUUUCUCAUUUGAGGAAAGUGUUUGAUAAGUACAUGACUAUCUCUGGGUAUCAAAUUGAAGAAAGCAUUGACCGGGAGACAUCUGGCCACCUGGAGAAUCUGCUUCUUGCAAUCGUGAAGAGCGUUAGAAGCAUUCCUGAAUACCUGGCAGAUACUCUUUAUCAUGCAAUAAAGGGUGCUGGUACUGAUGACUGUACUCUAAUUAGAGUUAUGGUUUCUAGGAGUGAGAUUGACUUGCUUGAUAUCAAGGAGAAGUUCCGCAAGAACUUUGGCAAAUCCUUGCAUGCAAUGAUCCAGGGUGACACUUCUGGAGACUACAGGAAUGCGCUCCUUCUUAUCUGUGGUGGGGACGAUGACUAGUUCAUCAGACUCUGACAGGAUGGAAAGCAGCUCUGGGCAGUGGUUUUUAGAACUCUAGUACAGCUGCUAUUUCUAGAUGCUAAUUAUGUAUUGCCUCUUACUCAACAAUUAAUAUGCACAUUUUACAAAGGUAACAUACAGCUGGUCUUAAGCCUUCGUCUUUUUUUUGCAGCCUAGGACCGCACUUUGGGUGCUGUUAUAUAUUAUUUUGUUGAAGAGAAUUGUUUCAUUAAUUAUCUUAUUCAUCCCGUUAAAUACCAUGUGAGACUGUUACAUUCCUGUCUGUCCAAAACCUUUCAUCUUACAUUUAAACUUGUUUAUCAUUGUUAGAUAACCUGCAUUUGUUUGUAUGCUUGGCCUGGCCUCACCUGUGUUAUAACGUCACAAGUAAUAAACAGUUUUGUCUAAACACUA